UUUUCGAGAAAUUGGCACGUUUUGAAUCAAAAUAAAAAAAUUGCAACAGAUAUUCGUAAACAAACUGUUUUAUCAGCGUACUUAUAUAUAUAUAUAUAUAGAUUACAAGGCAUAAAAAUACGCGUUUUAGUGAGUGAGCGCGAGCGUAUUUCAUAAGCAGAAAAUAAUUUUGGCGCAUACAAGUCUCUACCAUUUGCUCGGUGCUUCAUUUGUAGACUCGAAUGCAGUAUAACGUCAUCGCCGCUGUGCCUAAUACAAACCAAGCACCAGAAAUAGCAAUAACGCAGGUGUUAUAGACAAUAAUCAUAUACAUAUAUAUGAAAGCAUAUGGUGUGCAUGAGUUGCGGAUGACACGUUUCAAGGCAGCCGGCGGUCAAAACGGCAAUGCAUAUAUACAUUAGCCAUGAGCGACGCCAACUUCCCCGGCAGUGUUUUUUUUUUGCAUGUGUGUUUGCCAAUUACAAAUUGUCAUUGCAUUAGUCAAAUGUACGCUGCAACAGCUGCUGCAUACGCAUUAAUGUUUUGUCUUGCCAGCAACCAAGUGAACACUCGGCAAAUUUCUUUACAAUAGAAUUUAAUUUAAUUGAAGUCAAGUGCCAUAAUUAAUGAGUUAUUUCAAAAUCAAAACAAAACGAAAACGUCGACGCAGACAAUGGCAGACAGGGCCGAAAGGAAUACGUUCACCACCAACAACUGUUCAUACAAUAGAAGAUACAUAUGUGGCGAACAGGGUAGCAAGCACACCUAAGUACAGAAGUGUGCCACGCGUUAACGCAUUUAGACGUACUGGGCGGUACGCAAAACAUAUAAUUUGUUUAAAUUUAAGGAAGAAAAUCAUAUAGAUGCAUACAAAGUGCGCGCAUGUAUUGAUAUUCUGACUUGCGUAAACAUGCUACGCUCGAUAAAUAUUGGAAUUGAUAUUUUGAAUGGAUAAGAGAUUUGCAGAAGAAAUGUAUGUGUAUAGCUAAUAAUAGCCUGUGUUCGCUUAUCAACCAAAGCAAAUCUUGUGCGUCUUUCAUGUAACAAAUGUGUAUUAGAAAAAAUUAAACCGACGAUUAUAUAAUGUUUUUAUUCACACUAUAGACAUUCCACAAUGCUGAAUGUAUAUAACAAUUCGUUAAAAUGAUUCAACAUAUCAAGAGGAAGUGCGUGUGCUAAUAAAAAAAAAUUACAUAUGUACGAGUAUAAUUUCGAAAAUAAAGAAAAAUUAUAUAAUACAAAAGAAAACCAAAUUUUAGCAUAAAAUAAGUGAAAAAAUCGCAAUUUCUUGGUAUUAAUACCAUAAAGGCAAAAUAAAUGAACGUAUAUAGAAACAUUAAAAACGCAUUAUACGGAUUUUUUUUUACUUUUUUUAUUUUGUUUCGAGAAUUAACAAAGAACAAUACAAAACUACUCGUUAGCUAUACAAAUGCCGCGUGUAUCUGCCAACGCAAACAUCUCUACAAUAUAAAAUUAUUAAAAAUUCAUAUGUGUAUAUGUACAUAUGUAUGAACAAUAUAAAGAAUGCACUAGAUAUAGGCGCAGCGCCAAGUGAAAAUUUGAAUUAAAAAUAAAUUAUAUGAAACGCUUAACACUUCAGCUUCACACACUGGCAAAAAAGCAUGUAAAAGCGGAAAGCAAAUUUAAGGGCCAAAAAGUUGUUUGUUUUCAUUUUGAUUUGGUCAAUUCUAUUUGCCUUAUUUUAACGAGUUUGUCAACGACAUAAAGUGAUAAGUUGCAACAGCGCGAUCAGCAUCAGCUGCCGGCAAAUUUCAGUUUGGAUGGCUUGUUCUAUUUGAUGACGUUGGCGCGCAAAGACAACAUCAACAACAAUUAUAACGUAUACGUAUCGUAGUGAAGCGCAAGCAGACACAUACGACAGCAAAAAAAAAACACGUUAUGUUGUCAUUUACGAUUUGUUGGUAAAAUUUUAAUUUGUUUGUCGGCGACUCUAUUGUUUCUACGCUGGCGCUCUGUUGCGAAUCACGAGAUUACAUACAUAUAUGUGCAAUAAGAGAGCGCGAAUUCGCGGUUGAUUGAGAGUUAUAAACCAUUUAUUCGCUAGCAUUUGUAAAAAGAAAUUUAAUUAAAUUAUAAUGGCUGCAAAUAAACGCACUAUCGGCAUUGUUGUUGCACUAGUUAGUUGCCUGUGUUUAGUCGUUGGCGCAAAUUUUUACUUUAUGUACUAUCUAAACGUCGAAGAGCUGCCACAUGUGAGCAGCACACGCGCGCUGGAAAAUAUGAUACGUCAAAAAAUACGCGAACUACAUCCCAUGUAUUUGAAUCGCAAUCCGCGACUCUUCAUGUAUCGGAAUAAAUUAUUGAAAAAUUAUAAACCUGCGCCAUAUGAGAAUGCCUCCGUCCUGUGGGAUAUCGCCAAUUGGUGGCCACAAGAAAAUGAAAUCUAUCCUCAAUACGACACAUCUAUGGCACAACUUUUGCAGACGUUGCGUCUGGAACCCAUUACGAAAGUCUCAAAUUUAGCGCGUGGCACGCAAUUAAAACUACUGUUGCGUUUAGCGAAUAAACAGAAGGUGAUUUUCAAGCCACAAUGGUAUGAGCGCGAUGCAAUCAUUGAAGGUGCCGUGUAUGCGGGCAAAGAUCGUCACGCUGCCGAAGUUUAUGCCUUCUACUUGGGCGCUGUACUCGAUUUCAGAUGGACGCCCGUCGUAGUGGGGCGUAUUGUGAAUUUAAAGACGGACAUCUAUGAUAAGGGUGAUAACGAGCUGAAAAAUUCAAUGACAAUCACCGAAGGUGAGAAUGGCACCGAACAGUACUGUCUGUUUGGUAAGUGCCAUUACUGCAACGAGGAGGAGACUGUAUGUGGUGAUGAACAUAAUAAUAUUGAAGGUGUACUCAUAUACAUCAUACCGGGUUCAUUGGCUAAGCGACGUUCACCAUGGCAACGUACAUAUAAAGAGGAUAAGCGUGCGCCGUGGGAGGAUGAUAUGAACUAUUGCAAAUCGCUGAAAGAUAAGAUGGAAACAAUACGUUUAUUGGAUCUCAUCGAUGCUGCAAUAUUCGAUUAUCUGAUACAGAAUGGUGAUCGUCAUCACUAUGAAACGCGUGAGGAGCGUUUAGUGCUAAUAGAUAAUGGUAAAGCUUUUGGUAAUCCAAACAAAGAUCAUUUAGACAUAUUGGCGCCAUUAUAUCAAUGCUGUUUAAUAAGAAAAACUACAUGGGAUCGCCUGCAAGUCUUUUCCGGCGGCGUACUGACCGAGCUUAUUGAUCGCCUUUCCAAACACGAUGCGCUUUUUCCGCUCAUAACAGAUAAACAUAAACGGGGGGUGGAACGUAGAUUACUUGUUGUUUAUGCCGUUGUGGAAUACUGUAUGGACAGAGAGGGUGAUAAAAUGUUCAAGCAGCUGUAACUGUAACUAUUGUGAAUUUAAAAACGAUAUUUUUUUUAGUUAAUAAAAAUUUUAAACACGCUAUAUAUGUAUGUAUGUAUUUAAAUGUUUAUUCAAAACCUAAUUUAUUACUUAUGUAUGUAGUAUCAAGUAGCAUAGCACUGUACAUUUUACAUAAAUAUACAAAAUAUACAUAAGGAGAUGUAAUAUAUUUUAAUGCAAAGUAUUUUCGCACUGUGCGCUAGGUUAGUUUUAUAAAAUUGAUGUAAUAAAUACACGUUCAUAUAACA